CCGCGCCCGGUGCCGCGAUUGGCCGCGCCGCUGACAGCUCGGCGGCGAUUGUAGGAGACGCGCUCCGCCCCUCCGCCGCGGCCGGGGCCCAUUCAUAAAGUAACCACGGCGCCAGCGCGCCCAGAGCCGCGCGGACACGCGGAGGAAGAGGAGGAGGAGAAGGAGGAGAGGCGCGGACAGAGAGCCGCGGCGCGCACAGCCAGGGGUGGGGAGGGGGAGGAGAAGCGCUCCCGGGCAUACCGCACCGCCCUCCUCCCGCCCGGGAUAACACAGUGUGUGCAAAGAAAAACAAACCCCAACAAUCCGUGCCGAGCCGCAGGACGGGGAUGAGCGAGCGCAGAGCGGGCGCACAACUCUGCGAGUAACGAUCGCGGGAGCCAGGGCCAGAAGGGCGCUCGGCGGCACCCGGCGGCGGCAGGGCACGCACCGAGAACGGACCGAGGGCGGCGGCCGGACGGGGCUCGCUCGGGGCACCGCACGCCUUUCUUCUCCUCCUCCUCUUCCUCCUCCUGCUCUCGCCCCGCGGGCGGUGCCAAACUUCGCCGCCGACCGGCGCUUCUGCGGGGAACUCCUGCGCGACUUCGCUCGGGCUCUUUCGAUUCCAUGAACUGCUGAAGCGGCCGUGCAGCGGCGCGGGGGGGCGGGCGGCCGAGCGCAGCGGCAGCAUCCACCUCCCGGCCCCCGCCGCCCCCGGGCCGGGGUAGCGCCGGGCCGCGCCGCUUCGUGCCGCCGCCUCCUACUCCUCCUCCUCCGCCCCGCGCUGCCGCCGUCCGCCCGGCGGGGGCGGGGGUGCCCGAGCCGGCCGCUGCCCUCCGCCAAGCUGCAGCCCCCGCUAAAGCAUUGGAUCCCUCAACGUACUGCGAGAGCCCGGUGUACAGCCCGGACCUGUGCCCCAACAUGAUCGCCGCCCAGGCCAAGCUGGUGUACCAGCUCAACAAGUACUACACGGAGCGCUGCCAGGCGCGCAAGGCGGCCAUCGCCAAGACCAUCCGCGAGGUGUGCAAGGUGGUGUCGGACGUGCUGAAGGAGGUGGAGGUGCAGGAGCCGCGCUUCAUCAGCUCGCUGAGCGAGAUCGACGCCCGCUACGAGGGGCUGGAGGUGAUCUCGCCCACCGAGUUCGAGGUGGUGCUCUACCUCAACCAGAUGGGCGUCUUCAACUUCGUGGACGACGGCUCCCUGCCGGGCUGCGCCGUGCUCAAGCUGAGCGACGGCCGCAAGCGCAGCAUGUCGCUCUGGGUGGAGUUCAUCACGGCCUCCGGCUACCUGUCGGCGCGCAAGAUCCGCUCCCGCUUCCAGACUCUGGUGGCCCAGGCCGUGGACAAGUGCAGCUACCGCGACGUGGUGAAGAUGAUCGCGGACACGAGCGAGGUGAAGCUGCGCAUCCGCGAGCGCUACGUGGUGCAGAUCACGCCCGCCUUCAAGUGCACGGGCAUCUGGCCGCGGAGCGCGGCGCAGUGGCCCAUGCCGCACAUCCCCUGGCCCGGCCCCAACCGCGUGGCCGAGGUGAAGGCGGAGGGCUUCAACCUGCUCUCCAAGGAGUGCUACUCGCUGACGGGCAAACAGAGCUCGGCCGAGAGCGACGCCUGGGUGCUGCAGUUCGGCGAGGCCGAGAACCGGCUGCUGAUGGGCGGCUGCCGCAACAAGUGCCUCUCGGUGCUCAAGACGCUGCGGGACCGGCACCUGGAGCUGCCCGGGCAGCCGCUCAACAACUACCACAUGAAGACGCUGCUGCUGUACGAGUGCGAGAAGCACCCGCGGGAGACCGACUGGGACGAGGCGUGCCUGGGCGACCGCCUCAACGGCAUCCUACUGCAGCUCAUCUCCUGCCUGCAGUGCCGCCGCUGCCCGCACUACUUCCUGCCCAACCUCGACCUCUUUCAGGGCAAGCCCCACUCGGCCCUGGAGAGCGCCGCCAAACAGACCUGGAGGCUGGCCCGGGAGAUCCUCACCAAUCCCAAAAGCCUCGACAAACUAUAGGGACGGCGCCCGGGCGCACGCCGCUCGCCCCCCGGUACCGCGGCGGCCGCAGACUGCUACGGAUCGGCGCCGCCCGCGGGGACGGCAUCCCCGCCUC